AUGGAGCUUCCAAGAUACACGACGGCCGAAAAGGGUAAGGGCAAAGCCCAAGAACCUAUUGAUGAGCCUCAAGCAUUCUCAACCAGGCGACUGAGCUUACCGAUCUACACUGGAUCUGUUCCUUCGCCGCCCACAUCACCAUUCCAAGGUGCCAGGCUACCCAUGAAUAGACGCUUCCCUGUGCGUCCCACUUUCCCCUCGCCGUCAAGUUUGCCAGAAGCAGACGGUGAGAGAUCCCCGAUUCUACGUGCAAGACCUUGUCAGGUGCUCGCGCCAUCCGGCUGGCGCCUGCUUUCAGCCUUCGAACAAGUGCCGGCACCAUCUCAGCUGGUCACCAAGGCCACAGGGUCGACUGAGUCCAUUACCGAGGCCAUGAUCAAGGAUUUCAAGUACGAUCCCACCGACAAGACCCCACCAAAGAGACGCAUCAAGCCUAUGGCUGAAGCCGUCAAGCCCGCGGUCGAAGGCAAUGCUGGUCCGUCUUCGAUCAGUACAUCCGAGCACCAGCCAGUCGCUCAUAUCGCGGCACCAGAAUCCAGGGCGUACAUUGAGCAGCAGAGAGCACAAAAAGAGCUUGAUCAGGUUUGGGCACACGCAGGUCUCGAGAUGGGCGGCAGUUCAAGGUCUGCGCACAUACCCGCCGUUACGACAAGGCUUGCAGAAAUUGAGGGGUCGCUCAUCAACAACAUAGCCAUGCUCAAAGCAGCAUAUGAUAGUGUGGACGCAGUCUAUGGUCGUACGGCUUUCACCACUGGCCAUUCACCCCAAACAGAUAGGACAGACUUGGGAGAGGAAGAUAAGGACGAGGACAACUCAAGUGACGGGUACGGCCCCGUGGUCUCGUUCUUGAACAUUGAUGCGCAAAGGCGGUUCGAAGAGAGUCGGCGACUCACGGUUCUGUCCGAGCACACCGAGCCGUCGAGUGGUCAUGAAGAUGACGUUUGGUCUCUAGCUGGCUCGUCCUCGAGAUUUCGGAUGGAUCAACCGAACCUUAGCGCUUUGAACAUCGUGGAGCCGGGUGUGUGGAUGGAUCAGCGCAAUCCGCGAAAGGGCGCGUGUUCCCCUUUCACAGAGGUACAAGACCCUUUCCGCGAUGGCGAUGGAGAGGCAGGGCCAUCGCGCAUGGCAGUAGGAUCCUUCUUUCCAGCUGAGGUCUUCGAGUCUCGACCGCACCCUGAAGGCACACUGCCGGCCAGAUCAAAUGGAUCCUCUGUCUCCAGCUCAUGCCUACACUCAUGCCCAGCGGUCGUGAGCACGGACCCGCAACCUCGUUCUCCUCCCACACCACCGGCACCCGCCGUGAUAACAGCACGAAGCCGCAGUUCCGUGCACCUCUCACCGAUACAAGAAGUAGAUUCAUCCAGAGACUUGCUGUCAACGUCAUCAGGUGCGUCACCACCACUCCCAAUGCAAACCGAAAGCGAGAAGCUGCCUUCAGUAUCACCGUCUGUAGCAUCAUUGCCUUCGGUAUCAUCCUCCUCUACCGGCUGGGUAUCAAGAUGCUGCUCGAUAGUUCGCUAUAUCCUCGCAUGGGCAGUACCUCUCGCGUUCCUUGCUGUCGCCCUGGGAAACAUGGCUAUCACAAGGACAUUCAACGAGGUGCCCCAAGACCUCUUCACCGUUGAGUCGAAGACGCUUCAUUCGGAGCACGGAAGCGGUAACCUGACGAUGGUGUGGAUGAACGGGCAUGCGGUUGGGUUCAAUGUGUCUGCAAUCGUGAAUACGACGCUGGAUGCGGGGCAGAAGAGCUGGAGCUUUUUGUUGGACUGGAGAGCUGACGGCGAUUGGCUGAGUGCAGAUGCGGGUGCAGCGAGCGGAAUGGCUACUGCGAUGCCUUUACCUGCGUUUGCAGAAGAGUUCAUUCGGAACAUGGGAUUUCUUGGACUGUUUGUGGCAAUCUACUGGCUUGUCAGUUUUCUGUCUGGGUCCGUAAGUGCAUGGUGGCACUUGAGAGAGGAUGACAAUAUCUUUUGGACGCGCACCCUGCUGCGCUGGUUUGAUAAGGGAAGGACAUGGGCUGAUCUGUUUGUUACUGCUGUGCUGAGUGCAACAACGUGGGCGGCCGCGUCGAGGGCGUUGCUUUUGAUGCCGGCUUGA